AUGUCUUCGACGAACGACCCCUUGGUAAUUCUGAGAUCGGCUAUUGCCGCCAAGAUUGAUGGUACUCUUGUGAUUGGGGAUACUGUUGGCAGCGAACGCACCGAUGAUAUUGUCAAGGCAACUGGCCUGGAGUUCCCCAGUAUUCCUGGUAUUUCUAAUGAGCCAUUUGUACUGAAACUAGACACGCCAACUGCUUACCAGAUCACAGAUGUUGAUGCUGAUUCAGGUAAAAGGUUUAUUGAUACACGAACCGUUUACAACUGUUAUAUCACCAAAGAUCUGAGUAUCACAGACUAUAUUUCCAUCUCAGACGAAAGAAUGGUCACGAAUCUAAAGUUCUUAGAAAGGACGGAUUUGCUUACCUGGCUGCAAGGAGCGUCGACAGAGAGUAGUAACAUCGUUAAAUCAACAAGUGCCGGUGGAUCAGGUACAUCGACUGGUGCUGGCAGCGCCGGUGCUUCCAAGUCAGCUGCUAAGACUAGCAGCUCAACCGCCAGUAGCAGUGUCGUCAAAGCAAAAAGACCCAUUGAUGAAGAAUUACAGAAAAUAUACAACCAAGAAAGAACACUAAUCGACCAUAAUCGAGCACUUCGGGGCAAUAAACUACUUGACUUCAGCUCCGUGUCGUCUGAAUGCAGACAAAAAAUCCUUUCAAAUUACAAGAAUGGCAGUACAGCCAAUGGUGGUAGCAAUAGCAUAGCAAAUGCAGGAAAACAUAAGAAUACUGGCACUACGUCUGCUUCAUCCACAGGGUCGACCAACUCACGCAACGCCCCAAAUAGAAUCCCUCUACCGACUUCCGGUAAAAAUCAGGAUCCAAUAAUUCUCAUUUCACCCUCAGCAUCGUCUCUACUGAACAUGAGCAAUGUCAAAGAGUUUCUUGAGACUGGUACUUUUUCACCAGUUAUGUCUUCAAGCGGAGCCGCUGAUCUGAUACGAAUUUCACGACAUAGUGCUAAAAUUGGUACGACCAGAUUUGUUGUUGUCAACUCAGUAGAGAAAUUCAAGCCUGAAUACUGGGAUAGAGUGGUGGCAGUAUUUGUGACUGGUCAAGCCUGGCAAUUUAAAAGCUACCGCUGGAGCGACCCCAAUGCCCUGUUCCAGAAAGUUCUCGGAUUCGCACUUGUGUUCCGUGGAGACCCUCUACCACCUUCACUCACGCAAUGGAAUGUAAAAGUUGAGACGCUGGACCGCAGCCAACGUUUCCGUGACCGUGAAGCCUCUGAGCGCAUUUGGGAUCGCAUUGAGCAGUCGAUGAUUGCUCGUGGUUGGCCUGUCAAGCGAUAA